AUGAGCCACCAUCCUGAAGAAGCUCCGGCUCCGGCCUACGACCACGGCGUAUCCCCUGCGAAUGAGGCUUUCUACGGCACCGACGAGAAGAAGGUUGAGGUUCCUCCGUAUGCGCAGGAUGCCUUCGGUGAUGAGGAGUUUGCAGAGGUUAAGUACAAGGUUUUGAAGUGGUGGCAAUGCGGUUUGCUCAUGGUCGCAGAGACCGUGUCUCUGGGUGUUCUUUCUUUGCCUGCCGCUGUUGCUGGUCUAGGCCUUGUCCCAGCCGUCAUCAUUCUCAUCGCGCUGGGCAUCUUCGCUACAUACACAGGAUACGUUAUUGGACAGUUCAAGAUGCGAUACCCUCAGGUCACGAAUAUGGCAGAUGCGGGUGAAGUCAUUGCAGGAAAAUGGGGUCGCGAAAUCUUGGGAGUUGCGCAGAUGCUGUUCUUCGUCUUCGUCAUGGCCAGCCAUCUGCUCACUUUUACUGUUGCGAUGAACACACUUACAAAUCACGGAACGUGCUCGAUUGUGUUUGGAAUUGUGGGCAUGGUUGUGUCAUUUAUCCUCUGCCUGCCCCGUACGCUUGAGAAGAUGUCAUGGCUUUCCCUAGUUUCUUUCAUUAGUAUCUUGACGGCCGUCAUUAUCUGCAUGAUCGGCGUCGGCGUUACCAAGCCAGGCACCAAGAUCGAGGCUGUUGUUGAUACCAACCUCUAUCAUGGUUUCACCGCGGUGACCAACAUCGUUUUUGCUUUCUGCGGACAUGCUGCCUUUUUCGGUCUCGCUGCUGAGUUGAAAGAUCCCCGCGACUUCCCUAAGGGACUGUGCCUGCUUCAAGGCAUUGAUAUCUGUUUGUACCUUGUUGCGGCCGUCGUGAUCUACCGCUACGGAGGAGCAGACGUCACCUCCCCUGCUCUUGGAUCUGCUGGCCCCAUUGUUGGCAAAGUUGCAUAUGGCAUUGCCCUUCCGACCAUUAUCAUCGCUGGUGUCAUUUACGGUCACGUUGCCUCAAAAUACAUCUACGUGCGCAUCUUCCGCGGUACAGACCGCAUGCACAAGCGCGACUUCGUCGCCGUCGGCUCCUGGGUUGCAAUUGCCCUCUGCCUCUGGAUCAUCGCCUGGAUCAUUGCUUCAGCCAUCCCCGUCUUCAGCAACCUCCUCAGUUUGAUUACCGCGCUCUUCGCAAGUUGGUUCACCUACGGCCUCUCCGGCAUCUUCUGGCUCUACAUGAACAAGGGCGUCUGGUUCUCCAAUUGGAAGAAGACCUCCCUCACCAUGGUGAACCUGCUCGCUGUCGCCACCGGUGCGGUCCUGUGCGGUAUGGGCCUCUGGGUUUCCGGCAAGGCACUACAUGAUAACCCUAGCAGUGCGAGCUUCUCAUGUGCGAAUAAUGCUUAG